GAAAUAAAUCCACACAGCGGAACCAUCAACGACGAUUCUACAACCACCAGCGCUUCCCAUCCGCGUCAGGAUGGCCACGUCCACAUCACCACCACUGCGUCGCGAUCCUCCCGAACCAUGACGGCUCUCUUACCUCGGCCGCCUGGAUCGAAGCAACUUGCUCAGGCUGAUCCCGCCAGCCUUCAAUCGCCGCAUCGAUCGAUUCCUCCCGAUUCCUCGUCACCUCCACGCCCAGAGCCGUCGUCCACCGGAGACUCCCUCGAUGCCGUCAAGCGCGCGCCCGAACCAGGCUCGGUCAAUGCCAUAAUACGCACACACAGCCGAACGCGCCUCUACGUCAAGCCCAUCUACUGGACUUCUGACCAGCUGCGGCUGUUGGGCUGCCAGUUCUGCUUGAGUGAACUGCAACCGGAGCAGCGACGCGACACGACGAGCCUGAAAAGCGCCCCAGGCGUCGCAAAGGACAAGGAUGCGGCAAACAAACUACAGCGCCAGGAGCCGAGCCGGGACAUUAUUCGCGCAGCUCGUCAGAUCUGCCUCAUAGCUAUUCCGGAGUUCAAGAAAGACGCUAUGCACGAUUUCCUCGUUGCCAAUGGCUUCCAGUGUCAAAAAUCCGAACGUUUGCCGUUUCGCUUCAAUGGCCACACUGCCAGCGUCCUCCGAACAGACGGUGUGUGGUCCGUAGGCUCCGCCGCCCCUUCCCUCGCAUAUGUCGACCUUUGCAACUUGGCAACUCAGCGAGAAGAUCGCAUUUACUGCACCCCGCGGUUGAAACGAUGGAAUCAACCUGUUUCCAUCCUGAGAAGCAAGAAGCUAGAUCAGCACACGCCUUCAAACGACGCUGAAGACCCAUAUAUCAUGGCCAUUUUAAUCGCCUUGGCCCGAGAGCGGCGGCGGAAGCAGCAGAAGGAGGGCAGCAGUACGGGAACGAUAGACCACAACGUCAGUCUCAUCGCUGUUCGAGGAAUACCCCCGCGGACACUUUUUUUCUACACGGCUCGCAUUCCCUCUAGCUUCCUCAACAAGUUAGACCGGCCAUCCCAAUUUUCACCCAGUUGCCCGAUCUUGGUUUCAUACCGCCCCAUUUCGCUCAUGGGAUCUAGAGCUCCAGAAGAGCUGCGAGCGACGUUAUGUUGCCUGCUUGCUGCUCACAAACAAUAAAGUGCCAUGAAGGGCGUGGAAUGAAGGCGCCGACUGUACCAAGCUGACCAUCGCAAUCACACACAUUUUUGACGAUCUGGUGGAGUCGCGUAGCUUGGGUACUUUGCAACACGAGCUUGUAAUUGCCCGACCCAGCCACCUGUCAAAUACCGGAAUGGAUAACAACCUACAGAAUACAAACGCCGGAUCUGGAAUUUCCUGGUUUCUUAUUUAAUUAUAUUACAGAUAUUAGAAAAUUUAGAAUAUGUUUAGAAGCUAUAAUUCGACAUUACAUGCUAUUUUGUAA